CCGUCUUCCCGGCGCGGCCGGGCCGCCAUGCCGGGCCCUCUGCUGCAGGGCCUGGGGAAGUGGUGGCGCCGUUACAAGUACCGCUUCGUACCUUGGAUCGCGCUGAACUUAAGCCGCAACCCCAGGACCCUCCGAUAUGUUCCAGUGGAACUGAAAGACAAAAUUGUCUCAGAUGAACACGUCCUAGAAACAUUACUGAGACUCUUCCGGGCUCUGUUCAUCAAUGAUUUCUAUAAACAAUCGGAUGUCUUGACUGUGCUGCCAGAGCCUGUUCAAUCACAAUACCACGACCUGCUGUCAGUCCGGCAUCCGAGGGGGAACCCGCCUGAAUACAGACAUCACGGGAGUCACAUCGUUAAACCAGAAGAAAUUCUGUACAAGACACUGGGUUUCAGUGUUUCCUGCGCAACCAGCUCCUUGGUCUCUGCCGGAAGAGGGGUCUUCGUUUCCAGAGGAUCAGCACCAAAAGGCACAGUUGUAUCCAUGUACCCUGGUACAGUGUAUCAGAAAUACGAGCCAAUCUUCUUCCAGUCUAUUGGAAACCCAUUCAUUUUCAGAUGCUUGGAUGGCAUACUCAUUGAUGGGAAUAACAGAGGAAUAUCAAGAGUCGUGUACAGAUCUUGCACGGGAAGGGACCGCCUCGGCCCGCUGCAGACGAGCGACUGCACCUGGCUGACGGCGGACGCGCAGAACCCGCUGGCGGUGGGGCAGUACGUCAACAACUGUUCCAACGGUGAUAAACGGCCAGUCUCACUGCCAACGUGCUUGUGAAAUGCUCGUGGAGGACUCCUGCACCCGGGACCCCCAAGGCCGUCUUGGCUCCUCCCCGUCCGCACGGCCAGGCCCGUCAAGGCCAAGCAGCGCGGGGCAGCCGUGCCUCUCCAGUGUCGGCCCGCAAGUCCCACCCAGAAAAACGUACGCACUGCUGCCCAGGACCAUGAGUUCAGUGCCCUGAGGACCCAACAGACACAGAAAUGGGGGGAGGCCCAGGGGGCACUUGCUUGGAUGGUAUUAAGUGUGAGCUGUGCCCUGCCCGAGGGACUAGUUUAAUGAAAAGUGUAUGUGAUGAAAACAUCCCGCUCACAAGUGCCGCCCGGCCUUGGCGACGUUGUCGCAGCAGCAGCAGCAGGCCCAAGUGGGUGAGGUCCUGACGUCACCAGGCCGCUCUGCGCCUUCCCGGGGAAGCCUAAGGCCUGUGCAGCCCUCCCUGGCUCUCGGCCGCCUCCGGAAACCCACCCCCGCUCCCACCCUGCCGAAGGCACCCCCGGAGCCCUGCACACACACCCGGGCUCCUGGGGGGGUCUGCCCGGGGAGGAACGUGGUUUCAGACAAGGAAUGAAAACAGAGGGGUCGGGUCUCGAGUUCCUCCUCCCCUGCUCUGUCCGACACAGAGUCUGCACGUUAUGCGCGCUCCGGCCAGAUCCCAUUAGGAGCGAGCUGCGGAGAAAGCUCUGGUCCGAGCGAGUGAACUGCGGGCACAGACUCGUGAGCUUAGGCUGGAGGAACUUCAGUCUGGAAGACGGAGACUUGGGGAAGAUACCUCCGGAGUCUACUGAACUGUGAACAGUAUAGAGACGACUAAUUUAUCAUAAACACGUCGUCAAAUAAUGUGACCCGAUUUUGGUGUCACGCCUUCCUGAAGGACACAGUUGCCUACAGCGGCGUGGGAAACACGGGACGUUCGCUAAACACUUCCUGGAUUAAACCGACAGAUGGUCCCCACUCUGGGAUUCCUACAAUGUUUCCAUGAGUGGAAAGUUACAAUAAACUUACAGGAAACGCUGUAUCUACCAGCUUUAUUACUUGCCUAUCAAGUAU